CUACUUUUUAUCCCGUUGAAGAUUCAACUCUCUCCCUCCCUAGAGUCGGAGUCUCACUCACACAAAAAGCUCCCAAAUUGCACACAGACCUAUAAUAACCUCCCUCAAGUCGGAGUCUCACUCACACAAAAAGCUCCCAAAUUGCACGCAGACCAAUAUUAUUAUAUAUACGAUCAGUGGACAGCAGUAGUAAUUGCUAGCAGUCUCUGUCUGAGAUUCUCCAAUGGCCCUUAAUCCUAAUUUGUUGAACAUGGCUAUGAUAUGGUGUCUAGUACUACUUUUUCCUGUGACCAACGCCGUGAAACAUGAAGAAGUAGAAACGCAGGGACAACUGGGAGAAGGUGACAGGGUCACCAACUUGCCCGGACAGCCGCCGGUGUCAUUCCCGCACUACGCCGGCUACGUUCAACUUCCCAAAUCCGGCAAGGCCUUGUUCUACUGGUUUUUCCAAGCUCAAGAGAAUGCAUCUCGGAAACCCCUUGUUCUUUGGCUUAAUGGAGGACCUGGGUGCUCAUCCGUAGCUUAUGGAGCUGCACAAGAACUUGGCCCCUUUCUUGUUCGAAGCAAUGGAACCCUAAUUCUUAACAAUUACUCCUGGAACAAAGUUGCCAAUGUGCUGUUCCUGGAGUCACCUGCUGGAGUAGGGUUUUCCUACACAAACAACUCCAAGGAUCUGCGUACGCUGGGCGAUCGAAUCACAGCUGCUGAUUCGCAUGCUUUCCUGGUGGAAUGGUUUAAGAAGUUCCCAACCUUAAAAUCCCAUGAUUUCUACAUUGCUGGGGAGAGCUAUGCUGGCCAUUACGUCCCCCAGCUUGCCAACCUCAUAUACGACCGAAACAAAGGAGCCACCAGAUCAUCAUCCCCAUCAGAGUAUUCCUCCUCUUUCAUAAAUCUGAAAGGUUUCAUGAUUGGGAAUGCUGUGAUCAAUGAACCGACGGACAACAGUGGGAUAUUUGAUUACGCAUGGAGCCAUGCCAUAAUCUCGGACACGCUCCACAACAAUUUAGUAAAUAAAUGUGAUGUCAUACAUGAUGACAACCAAACAGAAGAGUGCAAUGAACACAUUCGAGCCUUCUUACAAGAUUAUUCUCAAAUCGACAUCUACGGCAUUUAUGCACCCAUCUGCCUCACUGAUCCAUCUCCAUCUACUACUGCUUCUCCCAAACCAACAAGGAUUAACAAUUUCAUGAAAAAUGUUGCACCUCGUCUGCUCAAUCAACAUGAGCUUUGGCAGAGGCUACCAUCAGGGUAUGAUCCCUGCACAGAGGAUUAUGUUGAGCAAUAUUUCAACCGAGAGGAUGUUCAGAGGGCCCUGCAUGCCAAUGUUACUAAACUUUCCUAUCCUUACUCCCCAUGCAGCGGCAUCAUAAAGGAAUGGAAGGACUCGCCUGAUACCGUACUGCCAAUCAUUCAGAAGCUCUUGAAAGCUGGCUUGCGUAUUUGGAUCUAUAGUGGUGACACGGAUGGGAGGGUGCCGGUAACAUCAACGAGGUACAGCAUAAAGAAGAUGGGUUUAAGAGUAAUUCAAGGAUGGAAGGCAUGGUUUGAUAAGGGUCAAGUGGCCGGGUGGGCGGAGACGUACGAGGGCGGGCUCACGUUUGCGACGGUGAGGGGCGCAGGGCACCAAGUCCCGGUGUUUGCACCUCGGCAGUCUCUUUCUCUGUUUACCCAUUUCCUCCAUCCCAAUCCCAACACCACCCACGGCCUCCCUUCUUCUCGUUUUUAGGCUUUUACCUAGUAAUAAAAUAAUAAAAAUUAAGCUGCCUACCCCUCUAGUCUUUUACACAUAGGAAUACGAUGCUACUAGCUAGCCAUCGUUGCAUUUGCAAGUUUACAGCCAACAAGGUGUACUAUGACUCAUAAUUUAUUAAUAAUAUAUAUUCCAAUAUUACGUGUUAUA